AAUCGAAACUGCUCUGUGUAGGAAAUGAAAACGGAGAAGCUACUGUUCCUUUCCAUCAUACUGUUUUCUGUGGUGGCUGUCUGGCCUGCUCACGUGUGUGAAAUCCCACUUAUUGGCUUUAAUCUCUGCAUCACUUAUUGCAAAAAUUUGGGCAGAAAGACGGGAGAGUGUGAAUGGCGUCAAGACCACAAUGAAGGAGGUCGUUGGCGUCAUGUAUGCGUAUGCAUUCUGUGAUGCCCUGCAUAUAACACUGAGAAAUAUAAAUAAACAUUUUUCUGCA